CGGUUGGAUGAAGUGGUAAUGACGCAGGCCUGUAGGUCCCGCCCCCUCUCACGCGCCCCUCACCCUCUUCAGUCACUUCCUGUAUCCUUCUUUGCUCGGACGCCAUUUUGUCAUUUUGACUAGCAGCUGCGAGAUCUUUUUCACCAUGAGUGGAUGUCGUGUGUUUAUCGGCCGCCUGAGCCCUCAUGCCCGGGAGAGGGACGUGGAAAAGUUCUUCAAGGGUUACGGACGCAUCCGAGAGAUCAACCUGAAGAAUGGUUUCGGGUUUGUGGAGUUUGAUGACCAUAGGGAUGCGGACGACGCAGUGUACGAGUUAAACGGAAAGGAGCUUUGCAACGAGAGAGUGACCAUCGAGCACGCUCGCUCUCGCCGCGGUCGAGGAGGCGGAGGAGGAGCCGGCAGCCGUUUCUCUCCCCGAUUUGGAGGCUACCGUCAAUCACGCAGUGCAGGAUCCAGGUAUGGCCCCCCCGUGCGUACAGAGCACAGGAUUAUCGUGGAGAAUCUGUCGUCCCGUAUCAGCUGGCAGGACCUGAAGGACCUGAUGAGGAAAGUGGGAGACGUGACGUUCGUGGACGCUCACAGAGCAAACAAGAACGAGGGGGUGGUGGAGUUUGCCACACACAGCGAUAUGAAGAAUGCCAUCGAGAAGCUGAACGGUACAGAACUGAACGGCCGCAAGCUCAAACUUUUCGAGGACCGGAAGAGGAGCCGCAGCAGAAGUCGCUCUCGCAGCUCCUCCAGAUCUCGCUCUCGCUCGCGCUCCAAAUCUGCCAGCCGGAGCCACAGCCGUGAGGAUAAGCGCGAGAGCAAGCGUGAGAAACGCUCUCGCAGUCGCUCUCGCUCUGCCAGUCGCACGCCGGAGAAGAAGACAUCGGCCAAGUCCGAGUCCCGCUCUCGCUCCCGCUCUCCGUCUCCCAGGAAACAGUCUCGCUCUCGCUCAGCAUCCACCGAGAGUCAGCACUGAGUGUGUGUGUGUGUGUGUGUGUGAAUGUGUGUGUGAAUGUGUGUGUGACACUGAGGUUGGUUCACAUCUAAAAGAAUGUGUCAGUUGCAGGCAGUUUGUGUAUCUUCAUCUUUACGGAGAGUGAACCUUCUUAACCUUUUGAUUUUUAUUAGAUUUUUUUAUUUGAUUUUUCUCUAUGGAGCUUUAUUAGAUGUAAAGAAACUGUAUGUGAGGUAAGCAGAUGAAGUGGAUGAGCUGAUGUGCUGUGUGUGUGUGAUACACACAUGUGCCUGGUGUACAUGGGUGUAUUGGUCAUUCUAAACUGGCGGCCAUGUGCCUCCACUGUGUCGUAGCUCUGGUGUAGAGCCGAAAAAUCAGAGCCUCACACGUCCAGCACGUCUCAGCUGACCAAAGUCACCUGGAGGAGGGAGUGUGUGUUUUUCUGCUUUUGUUUUUGUAGUAGAGAUGGCCAUUAAAUCAGAACCAGUCGAGUGUGUGUGUGAAGGGGUUUUCCAUUGUUCUGUACACAUUUCUUUUCAGUCAUCAUUGUGCUGUGUCUUUCUGGUUCUGUAACUACUUAUGAGGAUUUAUUACAGAAAUAAACUGUGAAUCAGUCCUGGGUA